GCAAAGGUCGACUUGAGCUCGUUGGUUGGAUUAGAAAGUGCACGCCAGCAUGUCGGAUCUAUAUCCAUCACUCACACAAUGCGCGGUUGUCGCCACUGCUUUCAAGAUUCUGUUGUGGCCAGCAUANNCAAGUCGACCGAUUUUGAGGUACAUCGCAAUUGGCUGGCUAUUACAAAUUCUCUCCCAGUCAAGGAUUGGUACUAUGAGGUAUGUUCGCCGAAAGGUAAUCGGAGGAAAGUGCUGAUUCGCGUGUCANNGAAAACAUCAGAAUGGACUCUCGAUUAUCCCCCUUUCUUUGCAGCAUUCGAAUGGUGCAUGUCACAAGCUGCCAGACUCUUCGAUGCCGAUAUGCUUCACGUGAAGAAUCUUGGAUACUCUAGCUGGCAGACAGUCUACUUCCAGAGAGCCACCGUGAUCUUGACUGAAUUGGUACUCCUCUAUGCACUCCAGCUAUAUGUUCGUGGUGCACCUAUUACUGCUAAGAAGACAUCGCACGCGGCUGCACUCUCAAUCCUCCUAUCUCCAGGUCUGCUCAUAAUCGAUCACAUCCACUUCCAGUACAAUGGCUUCAUGUACGGCAUCCUCGUCCUCUCCAUCGUGCUGGCACGUAGGCAAUCGGGACUUCUGGCCAGUGGCAUCACAUUCGCAAUCUUGCUUUGCUUCAAGCACAUCUACCUCUACUUGGCUCCAGCAUACUUUGUCUUCUUGCUACGCGUGUAUUGCCUGGACCCUCGAUCGUGGUUCAAAAUCCGUUUCGCCAAAUGUGUCAAGCUUGGACUCGGAAUUGGGCUCGUGUUUGGUCUUGCGUUUGGACCGUUCGUGUACUGGAACCAGAUAGAUCAACUCCUGAGCCGCCUGUUUCCCUUCUCCCGAGGAUUGUGUCAUGCUUACUGGGCUCCAAACGUCUGGGCACUGUACUCUUUUGCGGACAGAAUUUUGAUUUANCUCUCUCCACGACCGAGAGUGUUCUUGCUCGAUCGCUUCUCCUUCGUAUACAUUGCGGUGGCAAUCCCACUUAUCGCGUACUGCUCGCUGAUCCACCAGCUAGUAUUUGGCGCAAAGUAUGAGUUCUUGCCGCUCAUGUUCACCAGUUCAUACUGUGCGAUGGGGGUGGUGUCAAGUUGGAUAAGUUUUUUGAUUGUGUAUUUUACCUCGUAA